AUGUCCGGCUCGUCCGCCUUCGACAGCGCGUUCCAGUGGCCAGUCGACCUGAAGCAGCUCAUACACUUCGCUCUCUACGACACGCAAGCCCAGCUCUUCGUCAAGUCGUCCUGCAACACCUUCUUUCAACCAUUCAAGCGAUCCGACGGGACUUUCUGCGUGGACAGGCGGGUCGGGCUGGAUGGCUGCUGGGACCGCUUGCCAGAAGCUUGGAGGGAGUACUUCGAAUCGGUCACGGGCGCGGAUGAACGGGAAGCGCUGUUGGUGCGGCUGUCUCGAGGAGAAGCAGAAGGCUUACCUGACUCCUUGAACGCCUACUUGACCUCCUGCCGGACCCUCUCGCUGGACCGGACUUGCUCGCCCGUCCCCGUUCUCUCCUACCCUUCCGCUUCGUCCUCCUCGACUCGUCUAGCCUCACAAGCGCGAGCGCCGAUAUCCGCCAUCCGAAGAGAACGAACGGAAGAGGAGAAGCUGGCCAAGAUCAACUUGAAGAAUGCGCUGCAGGCCGGCAAGAGCCCGAAGAAGGAGCACGAGGUGGAUUCCCUCAGUCAACUGGUCGCCGACAUUCAGGCUGAAGAGCGCUUGACCCACUGCGUCGACGUCGGAUCGGGACGAGCCCACCUCUCCCGUGCACUAGCUUGCCCUCCUCUCGACCUCCACGUCCUCGCCAUAGACUGGUCUUCCUCGCAAAAAGCCGGCGCGGAGCGAAUUGACCAGCUGCGCGCAAACGCCUCCCUAGCGCCCGAGAAAGGCAGUUUGACGCACGAGGUCAGCUCUCUUGACGCUGAUGGCGUUCAGGCAGCACUCGAGCGAUGGUCGCCCGUCGAAGAUCGCCCAACGUCUCCACCUGCCCUCCUCGUCGCCCUGCACGCCUGUGGCGACCUUACGCCCAACGCUAUGACGGCAUUCGUCCGCGCCGAAAAGGUCUCUCAGUAUCGAGGAGCGCGCGCGAUAUUGGUCGGCUGCUGCUACAACAUGCAGACGCCUUCGCUCUUCCCGCUCAGUCGACACUUCGCCUCCCUCCUCUCCACCGAACAUCCCAUGUCCCGCGCCCAUCUUCGUCUCACGCCUCAGUCCCCUCCAACUUGGCACCUCACGCCCGAAGCGACGUCGGCAUUGUACGCCUCGACACUCAAGCUCGCCUACCGCGCGCGCUUCGAGGCGGAGAUGGAGGCGGCGGGCGUCGGUGUCAACCACGAGCGGCGAGUUGGGCGGAUACCCGAGUGUCGCUCGUGGGGGGAGUGCCGAGAAAGGGCGCUCAAGAAGGCGGAGGGGGGAUUGACGAGCGCGCAAGUUCCGGCUCUGCGGUAUGGGCAGGGCGAAGAGGGAGAGGAGGCUGAGGCUGAGCGUUGGGCGACCGCUCUCUUCCAGCUGCGGGUCUUCUGGACGCUCAGGAGCUGGCUGGGGCCGCCGCUCGAGACGCUGUGCGUCCUGGAUCGGUUCGCCUACUUGUGUGAAGGGCUGCGGGAUGCGGCUGGGUCAAGCGAGAUGCGUCGGCGCGUCGAGGUGGUCAACAUCUUUGACCAGGCGACCGGCAGUCUGCGUAACGUUGCACUCGUCGUGCGAUAG